AUGGACUUCCAACCCGUAGCAUCGACCUCAACCUCCAUUUUCCAUUUUCCAGUUUCAGACCCGGACUCUGAUCCUCGCGCAGCCCCCCAAGUACCACUUCCUUCCGCCUCGUUUUACUCUAUUGAAUAUCCAGGCUAUGUGAAACACGCAUCUGUCCCCACUGCUAUUCAAAAUCUGGGCGGCGCUUCAUCUCUCGAAGCCGCAUUCAGGCGGGGCGCGUCUAAAGCUGAAACUCUGGUAGAACUGAAGCUCAAGCCUGAUAAUCCUUUUGCCCAUCCUGUUCCCGGAGAAGUGGUCAACAACAAUUGCAUUAUUUUGAAGGUUACGAAAAAGAAAAGGAGGAUACAUAGAUUAGAAGAGGAAAAUGAGAAUCAGUCGCGUAAUGGAGAACUCGGGGAGUAUCGAGUAGAACCAGUGGGAGUGCUUGGGAAAACGAUUCGGUUUCGAAGUAUGGUGGAUUAUCAGUUCCAGCCUCAAGCAAAUGAUCCAGUAACUGAAUUACGUCGUGCUAUGGAGAAAGUAGACGUUGAAGGCAUUUGCUCGUAUCGAGCUUCUACUGAAAAGGAAGACUACAUAGUCCAAGGAGAGGCGACGGGACUUCCAGCUGGUCAAGACUUCCCAAUGAAUGUCGAUCCCCAACUAAUGCCAGAAGAGGAACGGAUCUCAGCGGCUCACAAUAUCAUUUCAAGUCCUACCUUGAAAAGCAAUUUGAGAUUGUUUCCUCCUCCGCUUUUCAGUCGGCAGACUAUUGCUCAGGGGUACAAUUAUAAAGCGAAUCCUGCCUCGAUGGUUUCUGUCACUCUGGAUGAAGAGAACGGCGAGGAAAAGAAACGCUUAAUCAACAGGAUGCGAUGGAAAGGGUAUGGGCCGGCUGCGAUUGCCUAUCAUGACCGAACGGUACCAGAUCAACCACCUCAGAAUGUCGUGGACGCUCGAAAUCAAGUUGAUGCUAAUAUCGUAAAGAAGAUUGAAUUUCUGUUUAAAGAUCGUCCCAUAUGGACUCGCAUGUCACUUUUCAACCAAAUAACGCCUGCCAUGGCGAGAGAGGUGCACAACUCAAAAAUCAUCCUACCUCUGGUUUGUUAUGUCUUUCAAGAUGGACCUUGGAGAGAUACGCUUGUCAGAUUUUCUUACGAUCCAAGAAGGGAUCCCGAAGCUCGUUUUUAUCAGCGACUCUACUUCAGGAACGCGAACCAUCCUAUUAGUAGGCCUUCUGUAAUGACGCGACGUCAGGAACGUGCCGCAGGCAAUACUUUGGAUCUCACCGAUUCAGACGAACGCAGGGAAGUUACGAUAUUUGGUGGUUUCUCAUUGUCGUUCACACUUCACGUUUACAGAUUGUCGCACAUGUUCGAUGGUCAGACAUUGACGAAGGAGACGGCUGCAUUUCAACUUUGUGACAUCACCAAUCCGAUGCUGAAGGAAAUGAUUGAGUCCACGGAAGACUUGCGGGAGACAUGCGAUGAACGUGAUGGAUGGUAUUCUACCCACGCAUAUGAGCGAAUCAAGCUCGUGUUGAGACUGAAGUUCUUUUCGCUCCUCGAGGGUCGGGUAGCUACAGACGAGGAAUGUCAGGAGGCUCUCACGGCAUCUGAAAGUUCCACAACGAAAACCACCACCCCAUUUGGACUUGUGAAGCAGCGUGUUGGGAAGCAUAAUAUGGCCAAAGGGGCCUUGAGGCCUGAAGAUGCUGCGGCCUUCAGGUUACGCGCAACUUUGGAACGAGAAAAGAAGAUGGCCCGGCAGUGA